AAGAUGGAAGGAAAUAAGGAAUCAAUUGGUGUGCAAGUUCACACACUUUUACAGCUGCUGUGCCUUGACCAAUGGUGCAUGGUGGUGUCAAACUGCAACAACUGUUCAACAAUUUCUCAAACCUAUAAAAUUCCAAGAAUCAUCAAACCAAUGAAAAAGAAAACAAAGAAAACCAUCCAAUUCCAACACAAGAAGAAAGAAAAUGGGUGUGCUACCAAAGAGAAUAAUCCUAAUGCGUCACGGAGAAUCACAGGGAAACCUCGACACGUCAGCAUACACCACCACACCAGACCACAGCAUUCAGUUAACACCGCAAGGAAUCUCCCAAGCCCGCCGCGCCGGUAACCGUCUCCGCCGCGUCAUGGCCGCCGACGGCUGCUCCCCUGACUGGCGCGUCAACUUCUACGUCUCCCCCUACGCGCGCACCCGAUCCACGCUCCGAGAAGUCGGCCGAUCGUUCUCCAAGAAGCGCGUGAUCGGCGUCCGGGAAGAAUCUCGCAUCCGCGAGCAGGAUUUCGGUAACUUCCAGGUGGAAGAACGCAUGAAAAUCAUCAAACAAACUCGCGAGCGUUUCGGUAGAUUCUUCUACCGCUUCCCCGAAGGCGAAUCCGCCGCCGAUGUUUACGAUCGGAUCUCCGGUUUCUUUGAAGCUUUGUGGAGGGACAUAGAUCUGAACAGGCUACAUCACGAUCCAUCAAACGAUUUGAAUCUGGUGAUUGUUUCACACGGUUUGACAUCGCGGAUUUUUCUGAUGAAGUGGUUCAAGUGGACGGUGGAGCAGUUUGAGCAUCUGAACAAUUUCGGGAACUGUGAGUUCCGUGUGAUGGAGCAGGGGAGUGGCGGAGAGUAUAGCUUGGCGGUUCAUCACACGGAGGAGGAGAUGCUGCAGUGGGGGCUGUCUCCGGAGAUGGUGGCGGAUCAGAAAUGGCGCGCCGGUGCGAGUAGGGGUGCGUGGAAUGAUCAGUGCUCGUGGUAUCUUGAUGGGUUUUUCGAUCGUCUUGCUGAAGAAUCUGAUGAUGAAGAAGCUAGUUCUUCAUGUGCAUGAGUUUAUUUCUUUUUUUCAUUUUUUUGUAAUUAAAUAUAAUCCAAAAAUGAGAGAUACUAGAUUCUGUAGAUUGUUUAGUUCUAUUUGUCUUAUUCAUUGCCACAUAUAUAUAUAUAUUUUUAAUUGUUAGAUGUA